UAGACCUAAUAUUGAUAUUACGUCUAUGAGCGUAUAGGAUAGCUCAUUCUUCAACUUGUUUUAGAAUACAUUAUCGAGUAAUUUUGGGUUCUCCACAUAGACCUAAUAUCAAUUUGAAUAAUUUGAUAGCGAUAGGUCAAUGCAUAGAUUAACGAAGUAUAUGGUUUUUCAGAUUGAUGGAAAUGGAAAACGAAAAUAGAAUAAUUUACAAAAAAAUUGAACAAAAUCAGAAUGUAUAUAGAAUUCAAGUCUCCAUUGGUAUAAGUUGCCUUUCUCUGAUAAUAUUGCAUGAAAUUAAUGAAGAAUUACAAAUUUACAAAACAGCAAUGAUUCUAGAUCAACACUUGAAGAAACAGGCUGAAGAAUUGUGUAUGAACCUGAAGGAAUACUGGGAAAAAUUAAUUUCUUUUUUCGAAAAUACGUGUAAAGCUAAAUUUCAUAUUGAUAAGAAUGUUCUUACUAUAACUGAAGAUGUUAAUGAGCAUGUUCAUGUUAAAUACUUCUGUUGCAAUCUUGAGAAGGUUAGAUAUUCUUAUAUAGGAAGUCUAAUUGAUGAUUUGCAACUUCAAAAAUCAAAUGCAGAACAACUUCAGAGAAAUGUUGUUCAAUAUGAACAAAAGUUGAAUGAAUUAGUUGAAAGGAAGAAAAUUGAUGAACAAACAAUGUUGAGUAACUUUGUGUUGCUUCUGAAUGAAAAAAAAAGAAGAAUUCAACAUCUUAAUGAAUUGCUUGAAGUAUACAGCAAGAAUCCAUCUUUAGCAGAUCCUGUGACAGUAAACACUAAGCAAAAUAAUAGAAGGAAAAUUAAAAAAAUUAAAUUAGAUGAACAAGUUUCCAAGGUGAAAGAGGAAAUUUCAGAAACAAGUUCAGAUUCUGAUAUAAGUAAUGAUCAGCAUACUUCUGAUCCAAUCAGCAAGUCUGACUUCUUUUAUGAAUCUCCAUCUGAAGUAGAUUCAUCAAUAAUCAAACUCCCAACCUUGGAUACUUCUGAAAAUUAUGCAAAUAUUUUACCAAGCACUAGUAAAAUGAUAGAUUCAAAUAUAAAUCCCAAGGAUGAGGAUAAAACGGCAAUAAUUGUAUCAGCUGAUUCUCAAACAAUUAAUAUUAAUACUCAGGAAAUGAUACAAGAAUUAGUAAAAUGAGUACAAAUCUGA